CUCCAGUAGUAGCGGCGAAAAAAGUGAUUAAUCCCCCGUGUGUAUGGCCCACCUUUUCCCUCUACUAUUCUUUCCGAUCAUUUCGAUCAUCUUCACCACCCUCGUCUAAAUUUGUUUGCAGUCGUGUCACAUGAGACGGAAUUUUGAAGCCUUAUUUGUUUCGAUUCCACUCUUGCGACCAUAUAUUCUUGCAAGAAACCGUUGAUUGCAUCGUGAUCGUAACGAGGUAGACUUGAUGAAUAAGAUGAAGCAUACAAUUACAAAACUUACAUUGCGUCUAUUUUCUGCGUGUCCUCGCCGCGACCGCCAUCCGAAAAUGCUGUCUCCGUUUCCUGCUUCCGCGACAGCAUUCGGUAUGAGUGCAUUCUUCACCUUCAUCAUAUCGAUCGGCUCACUUGUUUCUGUACCAGAAGUUGUCGUGGCAACUGGCGGGUUAGCAUACCCCCCGGCACAGACGACAACGUAUCAAACGAUUCGCACUGAGGACGCUUCUCUGAUGAAUGCUAAGGCGUACGGAACCUGUUGGCAGGAGAUAGACUCUGUUCGCUGGAGCGUCGACAAAGCGCUGGCAAACCAGAUUUGUUGCAACAAUCGACACUAUGCAGAGCACGCUACGUAUUGGGAAGGCGUGCAGAGUUUUGUUGCAUCUGCGAAUGCGAAAAGAGGAACCAAUCAAAAAAUCGACUUCUAUUAUGCUGUUGCACUUUUCUCAUCAUGUACUUGAUAAUCUAGACCCUGAUAUAGUACCUGGCCCUGGCUGUGGCUUCUACUAGUUCCCAAGCCCAGCAAAAACAGACUUGCAGUCUAAGACUUUAAACAUACAGUGCUGAUGACUCCACAUGAUCUUGAAGAUGGUGACUUUGAACAUUCCUCCUGAUGAUCUCUCCAUCGUUCUGCUGCUCCUUUUCUCUAAUUUCCUGACCCUAUCGACGGCUCGCUGCUGUUUCGUGCGCCGGUUGGUCGCACGAUGGAGGACUUUCUCGCAGAGUCAAAGGCACACGGCUGGCCGUCUUUCCGUGAUGCGGAAGUCGUUAACGCGAAGGUGCGCGUGUUAGAUUAAGGCUGAACCGUCAUUGGUCACUGAGAGUUGUCACUGAGAUCGAGGAGGAUUCCACUUGAGAGACAGGGGAAAACUAAGGGAAAAUAAGUCGAGAGGUGUGGGGCGCUGUUCUUGCAGAAUCGGUGACCACUGACUGCCGACCUUUAAGUAGAACAAAACAAGGGAGAGGUGGUCACCAGUACCACUGGGCUUCAUCUGGGACACAAUUUACCGGAUUCCUCAGGGAAUCGCUAUUGCAUCAACCUCGUAUGUGUCGCAGGGGUCCCCAACGUAGGAGCAUCCUCGCCUCCACCUAGUGAAGAACAGAAUAAUACCAAUCAACAAAUGAUGCCAUCUUCUGCGAAUGUUGGAGCUUCUGCAAGCCAUGAUGCAUCAUCACUCCAAGCAGGUGGAACGUCCUCUCAGAAUUUUGCAAAUAGGAGGAAGACUGAUAACGUGGGUACACACCACGAAGCACUAUCUCUUGCUUGGUGGGCAGUCAUGGCACUUGCCUCUUCUGCGACAAUCUGGUAG